UAUAAAAGCCUGCCCCUCAAUGACGUGUCGCAGUUGAAGGGACACACAAGGAUCAAGCUCCACCAUGGUGCACAGAGUAGCAGUGAUCGGGGCUGGCCCUUCCGGUCUGACCAGCAUUAAGGCUUGUCUAGAUGAGGGCAUGGUGCCAACCUGCUUUGAAAGCAGCGACGAUAUGGGCGGACUAUGGAAGUUUAAGGAAGUGUCAGAGCCAAAUCGGGCCAGCAUCUACCGUUCUCUCACCAUCAACAUCUCCAAAGAGAUGAUGUGCUACAGUGACUUCCCUAUUCCUGCCGAUUACCCCAACUACAUGCACCACUCCAAAAUCCUGAAAUACUUCAGGAUGUACGCAGAACAUUUUAAACUGCUGCAACACAUUCGCUUCCAGACCGCAGUGAAGAGCGUCAAACAAAGACCAGAUUUCACUCGCACUGGUCAGUGGGAGGUGGUGACGGAGAAUAGAGAUGGCCAGGAGGAGAGGCAUGUUUUUGAUGCUGUUAUCUGCUGCUCUGGCCACUACACCUACCCCAAUCUGCCACUCAAAGACUUCCCAGGAAUUGAGACAUUUGAAGGAAAAUACCUGCACAGCUGGGACUACAAGGGGGCUGAAGACAUGCACGGGAAGAAAGUUGUGGUCAUCGGCAUCGGUAACUCCGGAGGUGACAUUGCUGUGGAGUCCAGCAGGGUGGCAGAGCAGGUGUAUAUGAGCACUCGUCGUGGUGCCUGGGUCGUCCGUCAGGUUUCCGACAACGGCCUGCCUGUGGACAUGAAGUACAACACGCGCUUUGUCCACAUCCUCUUCCAGCUGUUUCCUAUGAACUUCUUUAACUGGUUUGGUGAGAAGAAACUCAACGCCAUGUAUGACCACACCAUGUAUGCCCUCAAACCCAAACACAGACUCUUCAGUCAGAUCCCAGUGAUCAACGAUGAUCUGCCUCUAAAGAUUCUUUCUGGGUCGGUCAUCAUCAAACCAAACGUGAAGGAGAUCCGUGGUUCCACCGUGGUGUUUGACGAUGGCAGCACUGUGGAAAAUGUGGAUACAAUCGUGUUUGCCACAGGCUACAGCUACGAUUUCCCUUAUUUGCCGAGUAAUGCUAUGUACAAGUCCGGGCACCGCGUGGGUCUGUACAAGCACGUCUUUCCGCCCAACAUGGAGCAUCCCACUCUGGCUGUCGUGGGUUUCAUCCAUGCCCUUGGAGCCAUCAUGCCCCAGGCUGAAAUGCAGGCCCGCUGGGUGACACGUGUCUUCAAAGGAUAUAAAAAGCUGCCGUCAAACCAGGCCAUGAUUAAAGCUGUGGAGCAGGACACCAGUGAUAUCGAGAAAAACUAUAUCGUGUCAAAGUUGACACCCCUGCAGGUGGACUUUGUUUCCUACAUGGAUGACAUCGCAGGAGAGAUUGGGGUGCGGCCCAGCCUCCUCUGGCUCCUCCUCACAGACUAUGCCAUGUUUAAGAGUGUUCUGUGGGGGCCUGUCACAGCCUACCAGUACCGCUUGAUGGGACCAGGGAAAUGGGAGGGCGCACGCAAAGCAAUCUUAACCCAGUUUGACCGCAUGUUCCAGCCCCUUAAAACCAGAAAGAUGGAGACGCAAGAGGCUUCCAUCGCUGGCCGCCUGUUUAAGCUGAGCCUGACUGUUAUGGCUGGAGGAGCUGCCGGGUACUACAUCCAUGUGCACCACCCAACUGUCAUUCCCGCCAUGCUGUCCAAAAUCCGUCCACAAACAGUCUGAACUUAUCGGUCAAACACUGUGAAACAUGCAAACCAAAUUCUAUAUCUACUGCUUAAUCUAGCUACGUUAACUCCUGCUUGGCUUGUGAUUUAGUAUUGAUAAUAGGGGUCACUGUCUGAGCUGUUGAUGCUAAAUACUAAAAGUAUUUCAUCCCUCCAUUCCUUCAGUAUAAAUCUAUACAUUCAUUAAUUAAUUUAUUAUCCAUAAGCGUAUCUGCCAAGAAAGUUGCCAGCCAGCCAACCAGCGGCAUAGCAUAACAUCACAAAAGGUGGCUUUUGGCAAAAAGUGAUGUUUAUAUGCAACUAUUUUACAUCAAAGUAAAAUGUUUCAAAGGAAACGUAA